UGCAGGAGUCAGCAAAACCAGCUAGACUUUGCUUCUUUGUUGUGAACAAAACCAGGACCAUUCAACCUUAAAAAUCCCAGUAUCCAACGGCCAUUUCCUUAACCAACUGAAAAGAAAUGACGAAGCCCAGAUGGCCCUUUGUUCACAAAAUUUUGUUUUUCCUUGUCUAUGUCCAUCUGGGUAUUGGUAUUGCAACCUGUUCCACAGACCCUCUUGUCCAGCAAAAAUUAGACAAGGUUCUUAGGCUCCCAGGGCAGAGUUUUAACCUGAGCUUUGCACACUAUGCUGGGUACAUCGAUGUCAAUGAAGAUUCUGGGAGGGCCCUCUUCUACUGGUUCAUUGAGGCUGCUGAGGAUCCUGAUUCAAAGCCUCUUGUUCUUUGGCUUAAUGGAGGGCCUGGAUGUUCAUCCAUUGCUUAUGGGGAGGCAGAGGAAAUUGGCCCUUUUCAUAUCAAGGCGGAUGGAAAGACACUUUAUUUGAACCCUUACUCUUGGAAUCAAGUUGCCAACAUUUUAUUUAUUGAUUCCCCUGUCGGAGUUGGUUUUUCAUAUUCGAACACUUCCUCUGAUUUGCUAAACAAUGGAGAUAAAAGAACUGCCGAGGACUCUCUAGCAUUUUUAUUGAAGUGGUUUGAGCGCUUUCCUCAAUACAAAGGAAGGGACUUUUAUAUUACAGGAGAGAGCUAUGCAGGACAUUACGUUCCUCAGCUAAGCCAAGCCAUUGUAAGGUACAACUCUGCAGUGACGGAAAGAACAGUUAAUCUGAGGGGUUAUAUGGUGGGAAAUGCUCUAACUGACGAUUUCCAUGACCAUUUGGGGGUCUUUCAGUUUAUGUGGUCAGCUGGUUUGAUUUCUGAUCAAACGUACAGACUACUGAAUGUUCUCUGUGAUUUUCAGUCAUUUAUACACACCUCAACUUCUUGUGAUAAGAUUUUGGAUAUUGCUGACAAAGAACUUGGAGACAUUGACCCAUAUAGCAUCUUCACUCCCACUUGCCCCGCUAACGUAAGCCAGUCAAAUCGGCUGCGAAAAAGAAUGAACAUGGUUGGUCACAUUAGUGAGAGGUAUGAUCCUUGCACCGAGGCACACUCUGUUGUAUACUUCAAUCUACCUGAGGUUCAAAGGGCACUUCAUGUUGACCUGGCUCAUGCGCCAUCUAAAUGGUCAACCUGCAGCGAGCUGGUAAAUAAUAACUGGAAGGAUUCUCCUAGAACAGUGCUUGACGUUUAUCGUGAGCUGAUACAUUCAGGACUGCGCGUAUGGAUGUUCAGUGGUGAUACAGAUGCCAUAAUCCCAGUUACAUCCACCCGGUACAGUAUAGAUGCUCUUAAGCUUCCGACUUUGCGACCUUGGCAGGCCUGGUAUGAUGAUGGACAGGUGGGUGGAUGGACCCAAGAAUAUUCUGGGCUUACCUUUGUAUCUGUCCGGGGAGCAGGACAUGAAGUUCCUUUACAUAGACCAAAACUAGCUUUGGCACUCAUUAAAGCCUUCUUAUCAGGAACCUCGAUGCCAGCUUUAGAGCUAGUCAGUUCAUCUUGAAGUUUUCCUUUUUCCACUUGCUUUUUGUUCAUGAAUCAGAAGGAAAAAGUACUUCCUCAUGUGGCCACAGCAGAAUAAAUGUUGUUAAUGGCAUUUGAAGUGUACUUAAAAAGAAAAUCAAUGAAGGGAAUUAGGGUUUUA